AUGGUUUUCAUGCGCGCUAACAGCGUCGAAAAAUUUGUAUCUAUACCACGUGAAAAAACUCGUCCAGGCGGUGAUUUUAUCAAUGAAGCUUAUAUUCCCUAUAAAAAACUGAGCCGCAAGCAGAAAGCUUAUUUACUAUCGCAAAACUUAUUCAUUAAUAUCAUCACUCUCACUUACAUGAUAGGUAGUUAUCUUUUGGCUUUAUACUGUUUAUUGUGCAUUGAUUCAUGUUUAAUUUCUUUCAUUGCAACUAUUUUACUGACACAUGCCAUGCUUGUAGCAUUAGCAAUCACACAUGAAUGUAUUCAUACUUGUGUAACGUCUUCGCUAUGGAUCAAUCACAUUGUUGGUGAAGUAAGCAUUGUAAUAUCUGGUGCUUUGUAUGUGCCGUUCUCGGAACUACGAAGUCAACAUAAAGAGCAUCAUUUAACUCAAGCAGCUAUCGAUUCAUAUUUAGUAUCAUACAUCUUGUCAACUUAUCCAUAUUGGUUACGUUUUAUCAUAUUACCACUGGAAGCUUGCUAUAUUCCUGUAUUAUCAAUUGUGGCAUGGUGGCGUACUUUGAUUGUUCCGUUAUAUGUGGAUAAGUAUCGAAGUUUACGUGCUCGUAUUCUUCUAGUGUUCAUUUUACGACAUAUUUUCUUCUUUAUCAUGUGGUAUGUACAACCAACUUCCAUAAUAUAUUAUUUCAUUGCACAUAUAUUAUUCAUUGAUAUUGCACGUGUAUAUGAUGCUUACCAUCACACCAUUCCAUUUGUAUCACGCGACACUAUGUUGCCAAAACGCGAUGCUUGUUACGAACAGCAAACAACUUAUUCAACAGUAUUUGGUGGGCAUACAAUGAUCCGACAUAUGCUAGACAUACUGUUUCUGAAUUGUGGCUAUCACAACGCUCAUCAUUUUCUGACAAGAGUACCAUGGUAUCAUUUAGAUCAACUAGAUGCAGCAAUGUAUCCUGAAUCGUAUGGACACGUGAUACGUUUACCUAGUAUGUUGAAAGAGUACCAUCGAAGACGCAUUGAUCGAAUUACGCUCAGAAAAGGUGAUUCGCAUGGAAGGCCAAAAAUAAACCAUGAGAAAGAUGCUGAUGGCCUUCAAAUGAAAGACUUCAUCGGUUUUACUAUGAAUAUCUCGAGUCUUGUUUUAGAUGUUGAAGCUUGA